GAUUGAUGUGAAAGAUAUUCCGAAGGCCGUGAACAUUGCGGAAAUCGAGAUGUGUGUGUGGUCAAAAAGACAGUGCAAGGUAGGGGUCGGGUGGCGUUUGUGAUGGCAAAAAUUUUGCAAAUGCACGGUCACUGACACUAGCAGAAAUGGACCAGCAGUUCUGCUUGCGCUGGAACAACCACCCAAACAACCUGACUGAUGUGCUCGCCAGCCUGCUGCAGAGAGAAGCCCUCUGUGAUGUCACACUUGCCUGCGAUGGAGAAACAGUUAAGGCACAUCAGACGAUACUCUCUGCGUGUUCGCCGUAUUUUGAGACUAUAUUCCUACAGAACACGCAUCCACAUCCGAUAAUAUUUCUCAAAGAUGUGCGGUAUUCCGAGAUGAAAUCAUUACUCGACUUCAUGUAUAAGGGAGAAGUAAACGUAGGGCAAAAUAUGCUACCGAUGUUCCUAAAAACAGCUGAAAGCUUACAAGUCAGAGGUCUGACAGAAAACAAUACAUUAAAUCCUAAGAGCGAAGGGCGGUCGACGCCGCUGGUGAGCGCCGAGAACCUGUCGUCGCGCGGCGAGUUCGCGACGCCGCCCGCCGCGCACGCGCCCGCGCCCUCCACGCCGCUGCCGCCCGCGCCGCCGCUCGCCGCGCACGCGCCGCCCGAGAAACGCCGCCGGAAGAACUCCAACAUAAACAGAGACGAAGUCGAUCUAUCCUAUAGACAUUAUGAGAGCCACCUGAAGGGGUCGAAAGGCGGGUCGACGGGGUCGGGGUCGGAGCCGUCCACGCCGCCGCCCGCGCACACGCCGGCGCGCGCGCUGCGCUCGCCCGCGCCCGCGCCGCUCGUCAAGCAGGAGCCCGACUCGCCCUACCCGCACGUCCGCGACAUGCCGCCGCCGCACUACGACCAGACACAUCUGCCGGGCAUGGGCGUGCCGCCGGAGAUGGCGGCCAUGCUGUCGCAGCAGCACCCGCUCAACAACGAGGCGGGCGACGGCGAGCCGCUGCUGCCGCCGCACCCCGACCAGACCGACACCAUCGACGGUGACAACCACGGCGUUGACGAAAAUAGUGUGCCUCCAGAGUCUCACCGAAAUGUCGAUUAUAUAGAUAUGUCUAUCAAAUCAGCACUCAAUUACAGACCAUACUCUGUUCCUGUGCCGUGUUCUGUGUGUGGUAAACUCGUUACGAAUAUAAAGAAACAUAUGAAGUCGCAUAAUCCCGCGCAGCACAAGUGUCCGUUGUGCCCCAUAGUACUGACGCGUGCCGAUAAUCUUAAAAGGCAUCUGCGCAUGAAACACUGCUCGGUAUUAGGAACUAAUAAUUGGGCCAAUAUGCAAGCCAAAUGUGAACUUCCCUAGAAACCAACUCAAAGUUUUUGAUAUACAUAUUAAAACGAGUAUUAAAAUAACUGAUUUGUUUAGUGGUGUAUGAAUAUGGUUAGGCUGUGACUUUAUGUGAAGAACGUUUGCGUGUAGGUUUUAUUUAUUACUCGGAAUUUAUAGCGUCUGAUAGCUUUAUAUUGAACCUAGAUCUGUUAAAAUCUCAACUAAAAUUUCCGGGUUCAUCUAAAGUGCAUUUAAUCAUUGGUUCUAACAAUUUGUAAUUUAGUCCUAAGGUGUGGUGUUUUACUUGGAUUCUUCUAAUAAUAAAUAAUAUAAAAGCGAAAAUCCGGCUUAGACUUAAUUAAAUUGUGAAAAUAUAUUCUGUAUAAUAAAAUAACAUUGUGUGAUCCAACGCUUAGAGGGACUCAAUGAAGUCCGAUUUUCGCUUUGCAAAAUACCUACUGAUUUGCUAUUCACAUGACUUAUAACUAAUGAUAGAAUACUUCCGUGUUAUCGAAAUGUUUUCGACUGAUCACUUGUAUUAAUUAUGUCUAGUGUCUAUAAUAGAUAUUGCCUAUGUACAUAAUAAUAAUAAUACGUACCAGCGUAUGCUGCCAUUUAAAGAUCCUGUAAAAAUUAAAUAUUAUGAUCUCUUGUUGUUCCUCAUAAAGAAACCUUCUGACCUAACUCAACUCACUGGUCAGUUGGCGACGACGAAGACUGAUUUUAUUAUGUAAAGAUGGAACAUACCUCUUAAUUUUAAUUUAUUUCGCUUUUAUACAAAUGAAUUGACUCCAAAUGACUUAGUUUAUUGUAAGUCUGUCGUUACCAUGUAUGUUUGUUGCAAAUAUAUUCCUUUAUUUAUA